AAGGUGCCAGACGUAAUAGGUAAACAGUGAACUCUGUUAAAAAUAUUGACAACGGUAGUUUUCCACUUGUUCUUAAAUAUUGUGAGAUGACUGUUUAGAAAAAAAAUAACAUAGUGUCAAAAUUUAGUAAAGAGUACAAAUGGAUGAGUUAUCUCUUCGCUUGAAGUCAAUAACUGUAGGUGUUAGAGAAGUCUCGUUAUUUUGCCUGUGUUGUGUGGCUACGUAUUUACUUCGUGUCCGCCACAGCUACAGCAUUGAACCAGCAUGGCGAGUUGACAGUGACCAGUCGUUGUAUGUGAAUGGACAUUAUGCACAACAAUGGGAAAUUAUACCCUCUGCUCUCGUUACUGAUGUUGAAAGCGAUGAAUUAAAUGAACUUCUUAUUGUGACAAAGGAACCCAACCUGCAGCUUCUUAAGAUUCCCAAGCAUUCUCAGCAAUCUAAGGUGCUCCCUUUUAUGCAACUUCAAAAUGAGGUAACCUUGGUUACAGGGAAUGCUUCCCUUAGUGACAGACAACCGAAAGCAUUAGCAACGGGCUAUUUGGAGCCGUACCAGUCUAUGCUGCAAGUCCGGAAACAGGUGAUAGUUGUUGUUACUGCUGAUUGGACUGUCCUAUGUUUUGAUCACAAUCUCAAUCUACUGUGGGAAACAAAGCUUAUGACUGUAUCUAUAGAGAGAUAUUUUAUCAGAGAGAUAUCCAUACAGGUGACUAGUCAUAUUGUUAAAGCUGAUGAUGGUGGAUUGGUGAUUAUAGGAGCUAGCCUAAGAGACAGGUAUCACAAGGAAGCUAAAAUUCGGCAUGAUCACAAGAAACCAGAUCAACGCCACGUUCACAGAGAAGAAGAGGAUGAGGAGGAGGACCAAGAUGAAGAAGGACAGAAAAAAGCUGAGCCUGUGGUGAAUCAUUUCUCUACAUUUGCACUGAGUGGUCACGAUGGCUCCAUCAGAUGGCAUCAUUUACCUGGUGACUUUGGAGAACGUACUAUUACACAGGAGGAGUUAUUUUCAGCUCAUCAUUUCAAGCUUGCCCUGCGUAAGGGUUUAAGUCACGCAGGGGAGCAGCAGUGGAAUCAGUACACUCAUGCCAUCCUCAAACAAUUGCCUCAUCGGUGGCAGAGAGGUUAUGAUACUUCCCUUCUUCUAGCUCGCAUUGUGAAAGACAACGUCAAAACCCCACAGGUAGACACAUCCAACGAUGGAGUGACACUACCAUCAUUGAUUGGCUUGGAUGGGGAACACAUUGCUGGAUACCACUUUGGAGGCCUGAGACCACACAGCCCUACUGAGCAUGUCAAGAAUCCUAAUGCUGUAGUCAUUCAUAUGCAUGAGGGUAUUGAAGUGCUAGAUCUGGCAACAGGCAGACCGUUAACCAGACUGAAACUAUCCAAUGAUGUAGCUACAUAUGCCGAUGUAGAUAAUGAUGGCACAAUAGACCAGGUCAGAGCAUCUUUCACCGAUGAUAGUACACACAGAGAUAACUGCAUGGCUAUUGUCAAGUCUGGUAUCCCUCCUCACACAAUGCUCUUCAAUGGAUCAAUCUGUGAAGCUCAUGCAUACAUGGAUGCAGUAGCUGGGUCAUUGUUCGGAAGGACAACAAUCAUCCAAGAGAACUUGAAACUUGCCAUCGCUCCACUUGUUGUUCCAAGUAUUGCUAAGCAGUCAGGAGUGAUAAACCACCUGCUGGGUACCAGUAUGCUGCAGAAAUCACGAGGUAGACUUGAUAGUAUAUUCCUGGUCAGUAAUGGUCGGGUUACCAGCUAUGGUCCAUCAGGUCGUAUCAAUUGGCAGGUUGAUACAAACAUCAAAUGGAAUACUGCCAUGACCAUCUUUAAGAAUAAGCACCACUUCCCCAAAGAGAUUAUGGAUAGAUACCAUAAUGCGUUCCAGCCUGGUAUGCAGGUUAUGGCACUCCAGGUGUUUGGUAAACUGGGUGCUGUUGCCUUAGUUGGUUGGGAUCAUCUUGAUAUUCUAUCAUUAGAAGAUGGUCAUCAGAUCGCACAUCAUUCUCUGCCAUGUCAACCAACUGCACCACUAGUGAUUGGAGACUUCAACUCAGAUGGUUACAAUGAUGUUAUACUACAAUGUUCCUCAGGAAUAUUGGGUUUUCGUCUGGAGUUAUACUCUGCCUACUGGUCAACAGCCGUCAUUGGUUUGUGCCUCGUGGCUAUAGUACUAGGUCUGACCAAGCUAUGCUCAUCUGAUCAUCAUUUCUUUGAUGAAGACCCUUCGGAGGGACAGACUCCACCUGAAUACAACCACUUUGCAAGGUGACACCUGAUAGAGGCUGCUGACGACAGAACUAAACGUCUGUUUCAUGAACUCUGUACUUUCUUCAAUGUUAUGGUGUUGAUAUUAAUACUGUACAUUAGUCUGGUUGGGUUUUACCUCAUUGUGAUGUACAUGUAUGAACGUAUGCAUGAUAGCAAUCAUAUGAGAUCCCGGCAUAGUGUCAUAUGAUGGACAAUUCUUACAGAGAGGCAUGUGAUAGGAUCUUGUGAUCUAGGAACAAGAAAUAAAGUGUCGCAUCAAGAACAAGAACGGAUCAUGAGCACCUGUUGAGAUAGUAAGUUGUUGCUGAAACAAUGGAUUUACUAAGAAUGGCGUAUGGUCUGUACUAUGGUUGAUGUUCUAUGCAGAAUUGUUGCUCGCCAGUAAGUAGCAUAGAUUGGUUUCAACCAUCCAGCCACUGUCAUAUAGAUUUAAACAUACUCCAACCUACAAUCCCGGUCAUUAAAUCUUUGCCUCGGGUGCCAUUUUUACCCUCGGGUCUACAAAACACCAUGGACCCUGUCACAGCGUGCAACAAUUUUAUACCUUGGUGAUAUUUUAAAAUUAUUCUUCUCGAGGUUCUGUUGUCAUCUUCAAAUACGACGGAGUAUGCACCGCAGACGAACAGUUGUUUAAAUAAGAAACACUUAUUCACUGUUCCCUCGAAUCCGCGAGUGUUUCAUACCAUCAUACACAGCACUGGAAAUCCGCCAACGAUGGGAAUGGUCAAGGUGAUGUACACUGGUAAACAAAACUUGUGUUACCCUCCGCCCUCUGCAGCAAUGGUACAUGCGUUUUUGUCUCGCACCACUUGAUUCUUUCUUGACCAAUGAAACUUCACAAUUUGUUAUCGAAGUAUAACAAAUCUCGGUGGGCCCCCCACCAGGGAAAAUGGUGUCCUAGGGAAGAUUCUGUCGCCCUUCAUGAGGGAAACUAACGUGGACUGAAAGAGGAUGUUUUAAAAGAGGGAGCUAUCAAAAGAACACAGUUUACACAGUUUACCGUAUGGGGGCAAAGAAUCUCGAUCCUGCCACAUCGGCGCUCUACCAACUGAGCUAAAUAUUUGUUAAUAUCUUUGUUUGGCGGUGCCAGUCAGAGGCCAUUUAAGUUGUUGCUGUGUAGCUAUUGAUCACACCCUAGUUUACAAUACAAACUGGGAAGAGGCAGCCAGGGGAUGCGACUUUGUAUUUAUUUUUUUUUAUGGGUAUUUAUUGUAGAUUUUGGGGUAUUAUUAAGGGAAUAAAAUAGUCUGCGACAAGUUCAUAAACGGUCGCUUAGUAACAAGUCAUUACUCUUUUAUUCCCAUUCAUAAAUGCCCUUAUGUAAAAUAAGCGAAAUAAUUUCACAAUUAUAGACAAUGUGACACUUUCUUUCGUGAAUUUUUUGAUGUUCGCAAAUUUAAAAAAACUUAUGUCCAAAUGUUUUUUGCGUGACUGUCGGUGAAACAUGCGCGCAUAUACACACUACGCGCUGAAAUAGAUGAAUUGCAUUCCAAGUAAUUUAAAUUGGCGUAUACGAGCUUGGGCGCUCAACAUGCGAAGCCAGCCACUCUUAAACAGCUGUGUCUUUAUCAACUGUUUAAACACCCCCACGUGACGUGCUCUCCACCAAUAGGAAUAGCGAAACUGUCUGGGGUAUUUAUUAAUGUCUAGUAGAAUAUGUUGACAAUCUCAUGACAUGAAGUGUUGGGAAUCCAAUUCCAAGUUAAAAUCAUGCCAGAUAUACAAAUAAUGAAACCUUAAGCCUUUCCUUCCAUUUGAAGUGCCUCAAUUUCUCUGAAAAAUAAGGAAUAUAGAAGCAAUUGUUGUCUUAUUUAAAAAUUGAUUGGUUUAGUUUGAAAUCCAAUUUACUGGAGGGAUAGUAGAUGGACUGGCUGAUUCUUAUUUAAGCCAUUGCUCAGUCCUGGUUUCCAAAUUGAUAAAAUAAGUCUACCAAAAUCUCACUUCAAGUUGGUUGGAUUUCCAAUCCCCCUGAGAAAUGUUUCCGCUUGAGUUGCUUUCUCAUCCGAAGAAAGAGGUCACUGGAUUGGCCAAAUUAAAAAAGCUGCCUGCGAGGCACAUACACACACAAAUCCUAGUGAAACACGUAAUCGGUAAAUCUUAAAGAAGCAUUUUGAUGAAAUGUCCAGGUAGUCGUGCGUCUUAUAUUUCUUAAAACUGACGGACAAAUACAGAAUUGUUGAUUUGGAAAAGAAAGAAAAUUAAUUACUUUUGAUAAAACAAAGGGCAUAGCAGCAGUGUUUCUCCAGAGUAGUAUUUUCAAUUGAAAUACAUUCAACGUUGAAUAAAUAGCAUAUUAAAGGCAAGGUAUUUUCUUUGGGGCUGUUGAAAUGUUUUAAUCCUACAUAAGUGUAGAUAAUAAGGAAAUCAAUGUGUGGUGAAGAGGUUUCCAA